GUGUAGAUCGGCUUGUGUUACUAAGCAGCCCCAGCUCUUGCUUCCCCACUCAAAGAUGGAUUCCUUUUCUAAGUAACUUUUAAGAAGCUGAUACUGAUAACUGAAAUUAGAUCUUAGUGUAAUUUGUAUAAGUUUUUUCCCUUUUAAACCUGGUAUUCUGUUUAUUUAUUACAGCGUUAAUUUUGUGCAGUCCUUUAUUCUGUUUAUUUAUUACAGUGUUAAUUUUGUGCAGUCCUUUGAGGCAGCUUGGGAUGGCAGGGCCAUCGGGUGGGGAGGAUAAAGGGGAUGGAGAAAAGGACAUUCUGUUAUCUUUCUUUUGUAAUGAGUGUGGCAUCCUAUUGAGGGAUGUCACCGAAAUCUUUGAUCAUCAUGAAAUCACCGCACAUGAGGGAACAUUUUCGUCUAUGAGAGAUCAACAUGACCUCAAGUGUGAUAUGUGUAAAGAACAAUUCUCUUUGCGCAGUGAAUCAGAUAAGCACAUGAGCAAACAUGCAGAACAUCGUACAUUCACCCUGAUAGAUUAUGAUCCAGCGGAGUUUCAAACACCUCCACGAUUGAUAUCAAAGGGGGGAGGGACUUCAGUGCCUAGGAAGCUGAUAAAGAAGAAGCCUUCCAAGAAAAAUACUGAUUUGACACCUAGACCCUUUGAUUUUGAUGAUUACUACACUGAAGAUGAAGAAAAACUAGAUGUCUUGUCUGAAAAAGAAGAUGAUUAUUAUGAUGAUUCUGAGCAGGAGUCCUUGUCUGAAGAAGAUGAUUACGAAGAUCCAAAAGAUCCCGACUUUGAUCCAGAACUAGAGUCUGAUGUGUCUGAUGAUGUGGAUAAAUCAUUCUACCAUGACAUCUCUGGUUUCUUCGCUCAUGCCACAAUUAGUGAGUUUGAGUUGAGUGAUGGAUCUAUCUACCCGGAUGAUGCAAGCCCUGAGUUCGACACUUUACGAACUUUAAAGAAGUUCGGGAUCGAUAUUAAGGAGAGGAAGAAACUCAGGAAAGACUUCGUAAUUGCUGAAGGGGUCCUACAUGAGGUGGCACUGAGGAGGGUGAAAAGAGCACAAGCACUGUUUGAAAAACGAGGAUAUUUCGUCUCAGCAAAGAGGAGGACAGAAGGAAAAGAAGCUUAUGUUUUUAAUGAGGCUUUAGGCCAAUUGUGCCGCGCCAGUUUCGGUGGUUCCAGAUGUGGUGAAGCAAAAGGUAGAAGGAUGAAAGUUAUCCUGGAUGUUAUUGCAAAUAUUCUGCAGGAUUCCAAUAUCAGUGGUUUGAGGGAAAACGUUUUGCACUACAUGUGCAAAAAGGAUGUUGACAAACCAAAUUUGAAAGAAAAGGAAUUGCAGAGAAGGUUCUCCUUAGCAUUAUUGGAAAUUUCUAUAAUGUUGCGAGUUUCUCGGGAAUCCCUCAAGUUCAGAGCGGCACCGAAAGGGUCAUUAAAGGGAGACAUCAAGCUGUAUACUGAAGAUGGGCUCAUCGUUGAUGGGAAUCUUGGUGGCGCAUCUGGAAUUCAAAUUCCAAGCAAGGUUCUAAAUAUCCGGCUAUAG